AUGGGCACAAAGUGGACAGCUGUGCAUGGAUCGAAGUACCCUUUGAGUUUCAUUUGGUUCAUUUGCUCGUGCCAUUGCUUUUUUGACUGCAGUUGUGCAGUGUCCACUAGGAUGUCUUUGCUCUCCUUGUGUCUCAGACUGCCGUCACUUCUGGCAGGUCGACAGGCCACUCUAGGCCAGAUGCACCCCGCCACCGUGGACUCUCUUCUUGGCCUCGGGACACUCCUGGCGAAGAACUCCUCUGAGGCGGAAGUUUGCCUGAGCGAAUUGCAGGUCUUGGAGGACGCGGCGGUCGACCUAGAGCCUCCGAGCGUGGCCUAA